AUGGAGGCCAAAGUUCGACACCGACGAUCCAGCAAAAAGAGUAGGACGGGAUGUCGAACUUGUCGGAUGCGCCAUGUCAAAUGUGACGAAACGCCGGGCAUGUGCCAGCGGUGCACAUCCACGGGCAGAAAAUGCGAUGGAUACGAUUCUCAGCGACUCCCCAGUCGACGGACGACUGGCGCAUUGUCCGAGCUAGCCCCCGGCAUUGCCCAUCGCUUUCGGUGGAAGUUGACGUCCGAUGAACAACGGUGCAUCUCGUUCUUCCAAAACCGAGUGGGACCCGUAAUUGUCGGCUACUUCGACUGCGUCCUGUGGCAGAGACUGGUGCUCCAAAUCAGUCAAGAAGAACCGGCCGCCUUUCAUGCCGUUGUCGCGUUCAGUGCCGUCUAUGCCGACUACGAAACCAGAGGCCUACCCCGCAAGAUAGACGAGCUGGACAAUUCCCUGCAACGCUUUGCCCUCGACCAGUGUGCGAGAGCAUACAGACGGCUGAACUCACGCUCGGAAUCCCAGGACCCAGGCCUCCGCGAUAUCACCUUAGUAUGCUGUGUACUGUUCAUCAUGGUAGAAUGGAUGCGCGGACAAUACGACACAGCGUCCAUCCAUCUGAAGAACGGCCUCCGAAUCAUACAACACGACCAAACUCUAACCGCCGCCACAGCUGUAUUCAGCUCCGUCCUCGCACAAUGUAUAGCCGACUCACUAGCCUCCCUCAAAGUCCAAUCCACCUAUUUCGGCAUCGAAGAGCCCCCAACCCCACAACCCCCUCCCCAAUCCGACCGCGGAACCCCCGAACUCGACGACAAAACCUUCCACACGCUCCUCGACGCCCGACUCACCUUCGAGCCUCUCAUGGGCGAGAUCUUCCAAUUCCACCUCUCCACCUCCCGUCUCGCCCCGGACGAAAUCGACCUCAACUACGGCCCUCUAUCAGACAUCCAAUUCGAUCUCUCCUCCCGUCUCAACCGCUUCGCCAUCGCCCUCGAAUCCUUCUCCAUCUCCUCCUUCCAUCUCAUGUCCCGCAACGCCCAACGAACCAUCUACACCAUGCGACUCCACCAUCAAGUCCUAUCCAUCCUCAUCAACCUCACUCUUCUCAGCAACGACGAAACCGUCCUCGACUUCUACACCCCGGCCUUUGAACGCUCCAUCUCCCUCGCCGAAUCCAUCAUCGCAACCUUCACCAACCGCCCCAGCGUCUGUCUCGACAUGGGCGUCAUUUUACCCUUAUCCUUUGCGGCAACGAAAUGUCGCGAACCAGGUAUCCGUGCGCGUGCACUCAAGGUUCUUCGCUCCUGGCCUCAUCGUGAAGGACCCUGGGAGUCGAGGACUAUUGCGGAGUGUGCUUCGAGGGCGUCGGGCGAGAUGGAUCCCUUUCUAGCUAUGCUUGCGUAGAUACGUUUUAGUGCCUCUUUAAAUCUUUGAUAUAUAAUGGAUCUUCCAUCGAAACGUCUCGGUCGGUCUCUCCACCAUACCAACAUUCCUUUGUUUCGAAUCAAGGAAUUUC